CGAACUUGACCGAAUUCCAGUUGCUAAAACAUAGAUGCUCAGAUAUGCUACAAGGUAUGGUUCAAAUAGACUGUCUUCGUGGCUCAGACAACCAAACUGCCGUCAUGGACUCAAUGCAAGAACUAUCCUGCAUGCACGCAUGAUGUCUGGAGAUUCCUUCGGUGCUCUGACGGACGUCGAGAAAAUAAUGUUGGAUAGUGUCAAGGCAACAGGUCCUAUAUCAUUCUCGACGUUCAUACAACUCAGUCUUGGGCACCCCACGCAUGGGUACUACAUGAAGCCGGAACAUGCUGUCUUUGGCACCCAAGGUGACUUUAUCACCAGUCCUGAGAUUAGCCAGAUGUUUGGCGAGCUUGUCGCGUUAUGGAUGAUAAAGCAGUGGAUGGAUACGGAUGUUAAAGUACCCUUCCGAGUAGUAGAACUUGGACCUGGUAGGGGGACGCUGAUGGACGACAUACUUCGGGUUUUGAAACAGCUUCCUGCAGCACGUGGAAAACUAAAGAGUAUUCAUCUUGUUGAGAGCAGUCCGACUAUGCGUGCUUUACAGGAAGGCAAGCUUCGUAAGGCUUCUCAGGAGGGUAAUUUCGAGACAAUGUGGCACGAUGCAAUCGAAGAAAUUGAGCACGAAGAAGAUGUCUUCACUAUGCUAGUUGCUCAUGAAACUCAACAAGGCUGGAACGAGGUGCUAAUCGCCCCCUCGAGUGAUCCAAGCAUCAAAUACACCAUGCCCACUUCGGACCAAAAUUCAGACUCCCCCCCGCAAUUGCAUCACACGUCUUCGCGCUGGACGCGUGUUCUUUCGCCAACUCCGACAGCAUCAUCGACCCUCCUCGGACUUGCAUCUCCUCGGUUCUUUUCGCUCCCUGUGGGGACGCGUAUAGAGGUAUCCAGAGCGUCCAUGAAUCAAGCACGGGGUAUUGGGAAACUUAUCAAUACCAAAGGCGGAGGAUGCGCACUUGUCAUCGACUAUGGUGCAGACAAAGCUUUUAGCGAUUCCUUGAGGGUAUGAAUUCAGACACAUGCACCGAAUUCUGAUCAAUAACCAUUCACAGGCCUUCAAACAGCAUAAAAUCGUCGAUAUCUUCUGCAGUCCCGGAGAGUGCGAUGUUACGACGAAUGUCGAUUUUGCGUUGCUGAAAGAGUCUAUGGCUGACCUUGUUUCGAUACAUGGUCCCAUCUCUCAACGCAACUUCUUCACGCGCAUGGGCAUAGAAAUCAGGGCCGCUGCUCUUGUGCGUUCGGCUUCCUCUCUAGAGAGGAAAAAGGCGAUCGAAGAUGGCGCAAGUAGGCUCAUCGAUCCCCUUGGGAUGGGCGAGCAGUACAAGGUGCUCGGAGCUGUUGCAAAGGGUAGGGCAGAAGAAGGUCGGGAUGGUAGUGAGGUUUGGCCAUUCACUGUCAUCCAAG